GCACUGCGCCCCGGGGCAUUUACAUUCCAGAUUUUCUGGUUUUGCUAUGAAUGUCAGCAGGACGAAGGAGAGCGGAGUCAGAGGGGCGACAUUGUGUAGCUUCGACGAAUCCCGUUGGUUCUGCCCUCCACAGAUUAGCACCAACCUCUACCACCGCUCUGCCCAGUGCCAGCCACACCCCUCCGCACCAUGUACACCAUCAGAACGGAGAAGGGAGGCGGCGAGACCGCAGUGGUGGACCUCCGCAGUGACGCCGUGAGCAAGCCGUGCGCCGAGAUGAGAAGAGCGAUGGCCGAGGCGGAAGUCGGGGACGACUUCUAUGGAGAAGAUCCCACCGUGAAUGAGAUUCAGCGCCACGCUGCCCAACUGUUCAAAACAGAGGACGCUCUCUUUGUGUCGAGUGGGACAAUGGGGAAUUUAAUUGCAGUGAUCAUUCAUUGUCGGAAGAAAGGGAGCGAGGUCCUGCUGGGGGACGAAUCUCACAUGUACUUCUAUGAACAGGGGAGCAUGACGCAGAUGGCAGGAAUGCUUCCUCGCCCGGUGAGGACACUAAAAGACGGCCGUCUGGACCUGCAAGACCUGGAAAGUAAAAUCCAGCAUGGGAACCCGGAUGUCCAGAUACAACUCAUCUGCCUGGAGAACACCCACAACCGCAUGGGAGGGCGUGUCCUUCCCCUCUCCUACAUGAAAGAGGUUCGGGACAUCGCCGAUCGCUACGGGCUGAAGGUCCAUCUGGACGGGGCGCGGCUGAUAAAUGCCGCCAUGUCGCUGGGGGUGGAAACUGCAGAGAUUGUGAAAUACUGCGACUCCGUGGCCCUCUGUCUAUCCAAGGGUCUUGGGGCCCCAGCGGGCUCAUUGCUCGGCGGGACGGCAGAAUUUGUGGCCGAGGCACGGCAAAUCAGGAAGAUACUUGGGGGAGGGAUGCGCCAGACUGGUGUACUUGCAGCUCCUGGAUUGGUCGCAUUGAAACAUGCGCAGAAAAACCUGAUGUUGGAUCACCAAAAUGCCAAAACAUUUGCCAAAGCGGUGCAGGAACUGGACUCUCCUCUCUGUCUCGUGGACCCGGCCAUCGUGGACACUAAUAUCGUGUUACUCUCGCUUCCUGACAGACUGAUGGCAAAGGAGCUAUGUGAGCAGCUGAGCUCAGUGACACCUGAAGAGCAGGAAAAUGGACGGGGGGUGGUGGUGAAGGGUCUAGCGAUUUCUCCUCGCCACGUGCGCCUUGUGUGGCACCGCGACCUCUCGGCGCAGGACAUCCAGCUGGUAUUAGAGAAGCUGAAAUCCGUGCUUGGGAAGUACAGCAAUGAAGCUGCAUAAGAAGACUGGAACAGACCCAGACAAGAGGAGCAACGUGUGAUGCCCCCAAGUGACCCCAUUCUAUCACAGUCCUGCUGGAUCUGAGCCACGUUUAUUAUCCGGGUAUAUCCACACAGACACUUGGCCUUUAAAAACUGAAAAAUAAUAUUUCAUUGCUUUUGCAUAUUCUUUAUUCAACUUUAAAGCGGAACUUCAGUCAUUUUUUCAACUUUCCAUCUAUUAAAUCUUCUGCCCUUGUUGUUGUUUUAA